AUGAGCUUCAAUCCAGAAUACGAAAAUAUUGCUACUGCUUUUGUUCAACAUUAUUAUGCAAAAUUUGAUGUUGGAGAUGGAAUGGCAAGAGCGCAAGGUAGAAAAUCAAACGAUUUUUGUUUGAACAAAAAAACCCUGAUUUUUCCAGGACUUUGCGAUUUAUACGACCCAAAUGACUCUUAUAUGACAUUCGAAGGUGUUCAAUGCAAAGGAAGAGAGGGAAUUUUGCAAAAAUUCACCACUUUGGCCUUCAAACAAAUUCAAAGAUCCAUCACAAAACUCGACUCGCAACCACUUUAUGAUGGAAGUAUUUUGGUGAUGGUUUUGGGACAAUUAAAGGUAUGCUAAAAAUUUGACAAAAUUGGAGAAGUUUUAAUGGAAAAAGUUGAACAAAAAAAUUUCAAAUCUAAAAUGCAUCAUGCUGAAAAUAAUAAUUUUUUUAAAAGUUGAAGUUAAAAAUAAAAAUUUCUUGCAGACCGACGAAGAUCCAAUAAAUCCAUUCUCUCAAGUCUUCAUCAUUCGUCCUAAUUCGACCGGCUCAUUUUUCAUCGGCAACGAAAUUUUCCGGCUCGAUCUUCACAACAACUAG